AGGAUAUAAACGAGCUGCUCUGAGCUUCAGAGGACAAGAGCAACCAAGAAGAAGUCUUCACCUCCCAGAAUCCACCAGCAAUAAGAAGCAGAAGAAGUAACAUCAAACUGAAGAUCAUGAGUCCUGCGUGGCUAUUGGUGGCCGUGGUGGUUGUGGGCGGAGCCAGAGGAGCAGCCAGCCAAUGCUGGGAGAGUCUGAGUUGCCAGGACCUGAACAGCGAGAGCAGCAUGAUGGACUGUCUCCACGCCUGCCGCUCCGACCUGACGGCCGAGACGCCCCUGGUCCCAGGUGACGCCCACCUGUCGCUGCCCCCCGACCCCACCGCCCCUCAGGCCAAGCGCUCCUACUCCAUGGAGCAUUUCCGCUGGGGGAAGCCGGUCGGCCGCAAACGCCGCCCCGUCAAGGUCUAUACAUCCAACGGCGUGCAGGAGGAGUCGGCUGAGGCGUUCCCCGCCGAGAUGAGGAGGCGCAGCGACGAGGAGGAGGAGGAGCAGCUGCUGCAGGAGAAGAAGGACGGCUCCUACAAGAUGAAGCACUUCCGCUGGAGCGGGCCGCCGGCGGGGAAACGCUAUGGAGGAUUCAUGAAGAGCUGGGAGGAAGGGAGGCAGAAACCGCUGGUCACGCUGCUGAAGAACAUCAUUAACAAGGAGGAGCAGAUGUAGCCAAUGAGACGCUGAGACACGCCGGGGGUUCAGCCAAUGAGACGCUGCGAGGGAUUUCAUAUUUAUGGCUCCAUGUAAAUAACUGUAUUUAUUAUAUGAGUUAUUUGCAAGCAAAAGGAAAAACGUG